UGUGGAUGUGCACGUGACAUUCUAACCAUUUUAUUACUUUACCAUUUAUAUUGGAAUAAUUCCGUGAACAACUUAAGAAGUGUGCCGCCCAUCAUAAAUUACAAUUUAUAUUAUGGACGCUAGCAGGAUUUGUAAAUUAAUAGUUAGGGACAACAUAACAAUACGUUGAGUGCAUUUAUAUGAUACCAUACAUUUAUAUUACGUCGGCACAGGAACUAAAUAUAAUUCCUUACACAUGCCAUAUUGUUACGUUAUCCAAGCCAAUUUUUGAAAAAUGUUACUGUACAGAAUGUUACUUCGCGCAUGCGCCUAGGAGAAUGAUAUGAGAAUACAUAGUUAUUCGUGUCAACUCAGAUAUACCGAGUCGAUUGGCUAGACUUGAAUUCAGAAGGUGCUUGGUUCUAAUGUCGGCAAGGACUCUGUCCCCACUUAAGAUUUACGUGGUUUCCGUGGUACCACCAGGCAAGUUGUGGGAUAGUACAUGAAUUGGCCAUGGCGACUGUUAAAUCCUUUCCAGUUAAAGUAGCAGCAUCAUCUCUUGCUGGUUCCUGCAUCUGUAUGUACUGCUAAUUAAAAGAAGAUAAAACAGGACUAGGUUGCUUGUAGUUAUGGUGGUUGGUAGUAAAGGAAAUGGGUUGGCUUCAGCAGAGGAUCACACAAAAUCUAAGAAAGCUCAAAAGAAAGAGGCAAAAGAUGCUGCUAAAACUGCCAGGAAGGAAGAAAGAAAGGCACUGAAUGCCAGUCAGCAGCAUGAUACUGGAAGUGAUGAUGAUUACUCUGUAGGGAAGUAUGGACAAAUUCCUAUGAUACAGAGUGCAGAAAUCAUCAGGCGAGAGUUUUUUCAUGUUAAACAGCUGGAACCAGAUUUUGCAAACACAACAGUAUGGGUGCGUGGUCGACUUCACACCAGUAGAGCUAAAGGUAAGCAGUGUUUCAUUGUUCUUCGCCAGCAGCAGUACACUGUCCAGUGCCUUAUUGCUGUCAGUGAGGUGGUGAGCAAGUUUAUGGUCAAGUUUGCUUCCAAUAUCACAAAGGAAUCCAUUGUGGACAUAGAAGCAGUAGUUCGUGAAGUGGGCUCCAAGAUUGAGAGCUGUACCCAGAAGAAUGUGGAGCUUCAUGUGACACAGCUGUUCACUGUAUCCCCUGCCAAGAGUCAGUUGCCCCUACUCAUAGAAGAUGCAGCUCGUCCCAUCAAGGAAGAUGAGGAUAUGGAAGGUUUGAACAUCCGUGUUAACCAGGAUACGCGAUUGGACAACCGAGUGCUUGACCUAAGGACACCAGCUAAUCAGGCCAUCUUCCGCCUUGAGGCUGGUGUUUGCAGACUGUUCCGAGACAUUCUCACUGAAAAGGGUUUUGUGGAGAUCCAUACCCCAAAGAUCAUUCCAGCAGCAAGUGAGGGUGGUGCCAAUGUGUUCACAGUGUCAUACUUCAAGGGCUCUGCAUAUCUUGCCCAGAGUCCACAGCUGUACAAACAAAUGGCAAUAGCAGCUGACUUUGAUAAGGUGUUCACCAUUGGAGCUGUGUUCCGAGCAGAGGACAGCAACACCCACCGGCACCUAACUGAGUUUGUGGGUCUAGACCUAGAGAUGGCAUUUAAGUAUCAUUACCAUGAAGUCCUUCACACCAUCGGGGACACGUUUACGCUGAUGUUUAAAGGGCUACGUGACAGGUAUGCUGAUGAGAUUGCUAGUGUGGGACAGCAGUUUGCAGUGGAACCGUUCAAGUUUCUGGACCCUCCACUUCAGUUGGAGUUCCCAACAGCAGUGGCAAUGUUGCGUGAGGCAGGAGUAAACAUGGGAGAUGAGGAUGACCUCAGCACACCGGAUGAGAAGCUGCUGGGACGACUCAUCAGAGCUAAAUAUGACACCGACUUCUAUAUCCUGGAUAAGUACCCCUUGGCAGUACGACCAUUUUACACGAUGCCAGACCCGAAAGACAGUAAAAGGUCCAACUCAUAUGACAUAUUUAUGAGGGGAGAGGAGAUUAUGUCUGGGGCCCAGCGAAUCCAUGAUGCAGAAUUCCUCACUGAACGGGCGAAAGCCCAUGAUAUUGAUCUUGAGAAGAUCAGGUCAUAUAUAGAUGCCUUCCGUUUUGGAUGUGCUCCUCAUGCGGGUGGUGGUAUUGGGCUGGAAAGAGUUGUUAUGUUGUAUUUAGGUCUGGACAACAUUCGGAAGACAUCAAUGUUUCCACGUGACCCCAAGAGAAUAACUCCGUAAACCUGUAUGAGUCUGAGAGGCGUCAUUUCAUAACUUCCAGUCAGCAAUGUAGUGAUUCAUGUUGCUAAUACUGAUGCAACAGUAUAACAGUAAAAAUUCUGCUGCAGUCACCUUCAGAAUUACAUGAACUAAUGGUGAACAUGAUUACAGUGCAGUCUAAAUUCUGGGGUUAAACAAGGAUUCAUGUUAUAAUGCAUAUGUAUAUCAGUGACCUGUGUUGUACUAAGUCAAUAGAGCAUGGGUUGUUCAGCUGGGGCAUGAGAAGUAUGGUGGCCUCGAAACCAGCUGGAUAAGCCAAUGAAAAUUUGUAUACGUAAUCUAAUAACUUUUUAUUGGUAUUGCUUAUUAUGACACUAAGUUGGUUGCUGGUAUGGCUGUUGCAAGUUGGUUGCCAAUAUUAACAUUGACAUAGCCUGCUAUCUUUUCUGACAGAUGUUUAAUGUCAUUCAUACCCACUUUCAUCCAGCUCCUUUGUUUGUCAAAUAGUAUGCAAGUUAAACAAGUUAAAUCAUUCUUCAUAAGGCAGCCACAUAACCAAGAAGCUGUGAAACACCAUUCCUUGUUAAAAUAUUGGUUUGUAUACUUACCUAAAUCCUUAUGGAGAGAUUGAGGGUUCUGUAUGCCUGGCCUGAUUGCUCCAAGUCUUCAUGUGUACCUUUUAUUUAUAUAGCCUCAAAGUGAAAGACAUGUCUAAAAAUUUUGAAGCACUUUUGAUCUUCUGACAUAUGAGUUUAAUCAGACACAACCCUUCUCAGUUACAAAUUAGUAUUGUGCUCAUAUGCCUACUAAGUUGUUCACACAAAACACAGUAGAAUAUCAAAUGAAAGAACAUUUAAAUCUGGAUGUUUUCCAUAUGUACUUUGUCACAUGUCUCAGAGCAAGGACAGCUGAAGGAUACGCCUGUGGACAUUGAUGGCCUGGAACUAAAGUAAUUUUGCAAACACAUGCUCCUCAUCUAUUGCCAGUCCUCUAGGUUCUUUGUUGAUGGGAUAGUAUAACAUGUAGGCUGAGGGCACAUUCUUUCUCACAUUCUGGGACUUGGAACACACAUUCAGACUAUCAUACAUCAUCUGUAUAUUUUAUUCAUGUAUAAGUGAACGUUUUGCAAACUUAACCUGUAAUAGUAGUUCCAAUUUUAGUUGUGGCACUGCCCAGUGUGACCUAAUGGGUGAGUUGCCACUGGUUGUUUACAUCACUCAAGUGGCAGCACCUAUAUUUACAGUCUUGGCCCAUGCAAAAAUAAUGGUUACGAAACCUUGCCAGUAGUUCAAGGUGUUUGCAGCAGAAUUUAUUUAUUUUUUUAAUUUUCUGAUCUAACAGUUAUAUAAGAUGUCAAAAUAUGACAUUCUUGCAUAUACCAGUAUGUUUGUCAUAAAGGCCAAUAUAUUUGCAAUGGAAUGUUUAACUCAUGUUUGUAUGUAUUUUUAAAUGAUAUUAGAUUAUUGAAGAUGAUUCACUGGAGUGGAAUUAGACAAGUACA